AUGAAGACUCAACAGCUACAGAAUGCUGCCAUUGCCGGCUUGACCAGCUUGUUCGUCGGCCAAGCAUCAGCCACUUCUCGCGUGGCUUCCUCAAGUUCAAUCCCAUCUCCUUCAUCUUUCCCUCCUCACAUCUCGGUGGAAUGUCACACUCGCCUGGCGACCACCUCGGUUGCGGUCGUUCCCACCUCGACCGUGACUCGUACUAUUCAGGAUCACAAUCCCGUGGUCGUCUACGUGACCACACAGGAGACCAUCACAACCACUCCGUCGGUGGUGACUGAAGUCGAGACGAGCUUCGAGACCCUGACAGUCACCAGCAUUGCAUCUGCAAUCACCGAUACCUUCUCGACUACGUCAACAGUGUAUUCCUAUACCGUUGUCACUGUAACUCCUCCGCCCAGUAGGAGCACUGUCCUCAUGACAACUACGACUACGCAGACGACCACCAGCACCAUUCCUGCACCCGCAGGACUCACACCCCUCGUGGACUCAUUGGUCCAGCCGACCUUUGUCAAAAGAGGUCUGGCCGAUGACAAUACCUGUCCUAUUGGGCCCGAUGAUUACAAGUACCCUUCCGCCGUGAAGUGCAUUGCAAAACUCACUGUGACGCCCACCACUACAUCGACUGUCACGGCAGUCCCCCUCACAAACACCGCCAGCACGCCGGUGGUCACUACGACGUUGACCAGUACCCUGACCUCAACUUCUGUGGUCAUCCCCGAAGAGGUCUCAGUCACUCUGAGUUACAGCACCACCUUGCAGCAAACGUUGACCACUCGUGGAAUUCCCACCUAUACGGUGGUCACGGCGACCACGACACAGACGGCAACUGUCUCGGCGACUCCAGUGUACAAUGCCUGUCUUUCAAACAAUAUCGGUGGAGGUAGCCCCCUCGGCCCAGAGUAUGGGCCAAUCGCUGGUAAAGUAGUCGACGCCCUCUAUUUCUCGUCCCUUCCCGGUGCAUUCUUCAAUACCGUGGCCACGUCUUCUGCCUACGACUGCUGCGUCCAAUGUCAGGGGAACCCUCAUUGUGCGGGGUCUUUCUAUACCACUAACGAUUGUUACUUGGUCACCACUACCGUCUGCUCGUCUUCGUCUCAUAUUCAUGCUCAGGCCGACAACGGCGCCGGCGGAUUUGACAUCAGCAACGGACCAUGCGGCACUUAUGUUCUUGGAACCUCAUAG